UAGGAGUACAUUUUAGUUUAAAAAUAAUUAAUUUUAAUCAAAAUAAUUUUAAUUUAACAAAAAUAAGAUAGAGAGAACAAAACGUAACUGAUGAAAAUCAAAAAAGAAAAAAGAGAAAAAAAACCUCUCACCCUGUUUCCCCCCUUUCUCUUCCCUCCCUAUAAUAUCAGAACAUCGGAAGAAGCCUUCAAAAACCCAAACUAAUUUCAUUUCCCCACUUUCUUCUUCACAUUUGUCACUCUCCCUUCUUUCUCUCUCCUCCACUUUCUCUCUCCUCAAAAACCCCCAAUUUUUAAACCCAAAUUCUUCCCCAAACAGUCCAACUAUCUCCCCUAAUUCGAUCUAGGGUUUCCAAUUUCUUCCCCAAUCUCAAACAUGCAUGUCGAUUAAUCCCUCCCAAAACGUUCCGCUCCGAAUUCCGGCGAGCAGAACACUCUGAAAUUGCUGCAUUUUUUGAGUUAUGCAUUCGAAGCGAUCCAACAAUGGAGAUGAAAAUGGAGUCGUCGCUUCUGUUAGCAAUGACAAUAACAAUAACAAUGAUAACAAUAACAGCAAUGGAAUGGAGAAACGAACCAGUAGUCGGGUUCGAAAGCCGGUGAUGAGAAAUACAUUUUACUUCAAGAACUCGCCGGGGUAUCGUCGGAAGAACAGGAAGAAGGUGAAAACUAGGACUGCUGCUGCUCACAUUGCCAAGUAUUUGAAGCCGGGUGGUCGCCGUCCCAUUCAUAACUCUUCCAAGUCUAUCUCUAAUCUGGAUGCAACCAACCUUCGGCGCUCAACCAGACAGAGGAGAGUAUCUGUUAAUUUGGGAGAUUAUACAGAUAGCUCUGGUUCAGAUGAAGACUUAAUGGAACCUAGAAAAUACAGUACUAGAAGCCGGAUUGAUAACAGUGCUGCUCUGGAUGUAUUAUCAACUCCUAAACGCAGAAAAGUUAUUGAAACUAAAUCCACACCGCGACGGGAAGGUCUGCGUCCUCGUAAUUCCAAAUCAAAUGGGAGGCGAAUUGCAUUUGAUGAUGUAGAAGGUAGCUCAGGUGAAAAAGAUGAUCAAGAUGAAAUAGAGAAUGGGAAUGAUGGUGAUGAUAAUGAUGAUGAAGUUGAGGGUGAUGAUGAAGGUGAAGGUGAAGCUGAAGAGGGUGGGGAGGGUGAAGAGGAGGAUGAAAGAGAAGAAGAUGGUGAUGAUGAUGAAGGUGAAGAAGAGCAGGAUGGGCGAAGGCGCUAUGAUCUUCGAAAUCGUGCAGAGGUCCGCAGGAUGUCUUUGGAGGAGGGUAAACAUAGACCAAGAUCUCCUCGGAGAGUGUUGCAUCAUGGGAUGGGAAACAAGGUCAAUAGGGUUGUGGGAAGGGGUGGCACUAGAGUCCAUAAGCGUCAUCGUUUUAGUAGGAUUGAUGACUCUGAUGACUCUCUUCUUGUGGAUGAGUUGGACCAAGGACCAGCAAUUCCUUGGGCUCGGAGUGGAAGUAGAGCUGGGCCUCCUUGGCUCAUGGGAGGGCUAGAUAUGCAUGGGGCAACUGCAUGGGGGUUGAAUGUUGCUGCAUCUGGUUGGGGUCACCAAGCUGAUUCCUUUACUUCUUUGACACCUGGAGUUCAGACUGCCGGUCCGAGUUCAAAGGGAGGAGCAGAUAUUCAGCCUUUGCAAGUUGAUGAUAGUGUGAGUUUCGAUGAGAUAGGUGGGCUUUCAGAAUACAUUGAUGCGUUAAAGGAAAUGGUCUUCUUUCCCUUGCUUUACCCGGAUUUUUUUGCAAGCUAUAGUAUUACCCCACCUAGAGGUGUCCUAUUGUGUGGACCCCCAGGAACUGGGAAAACUCUAAUUGCACGAGCAUUAGCUUGUGCUGCUUCAAAAGCUGGUCAGAAAGUGAGCUUUUACAUGCGUAAGGGAGCUGAUGUUCUCAGCAAAUGGGUUGGAGAAGCCGAACGACAGUUGAAACUUCUUUUCGAAGAAGCCCAAAGGAAUCAACCAUCUAUCAUUUUCUUUGAUGAGAUAGAUGGGCUUGCUCCAGUGAGGUCAAGCAAACAGGAGCAAAUCCACAAUUCUAUAGUUUCAACUUUGCUUGCUCUGAUGGAUGGCCUCGAUUCUCGUGGACAAGUUGUCUUGAUCGGAGCUACAAACAGAAUUGAUGCUAUUGAUGGGGCCUUGCGUCGACCUGGUCGAUUUGAUCGCGAGUUUAACUUUCCCUUGCCUGGUUGUGAUGCCCGGGCUGAAAUCUUAGAUAUUCACACACGCAAGUGGAUGCACCCUCCAACCAGGGAACUAAGGACAGAACUUGCAGCAAGUUGUGUGGGUUAUUGUGGGGCUGAUUUAAAAGCACUCUGCACUGAAGCAGCCAUUCGUGCAUUUCGUGAAAAAUAUCCUCAGGUGUACACCAGUGAUGACAAAUUUCUGAUAGAUGUUGAAUCAGUUAGGGUAGAAAAAUAUCAUUUUUUUGAUGCUAUGUCAACAAUUACCCCUGCUGCUCAUAGAGGCUCCAUAGUUCAUUCGAGGCCUUUAUCAGUUGUUGUCGCUCCAUGCCUGCAAAGACACCUCCAAAAGGCCAUGGUACACAUAUCAGAUAUAUUCCCUGCUUCCGCUAUUUCAUCUGAAUUGACAAAAUUAUCAAUGCUCUCCUACGGCUCUGCUAUUCCACUGGUUUACAGGCCUCGGUUUCUGUUAUGUGGAAACGAUGGUGUUGGGAUGGAUCAUCUAGGACCUGCUAUAUUACAUGAGAUGGAGAAGUUUCCUGUUCACUCUCUUGGGCUUCCAUCUCUGCUGUCAGACCCUAGUGCAAAGACACCUGAAGAGGCUUUGGUACAUAUAAUUAGUGAAGCACGAAGGACUACACCAUCUAUUCUAUAUUUGCCUCAUUAUGAUCUUUGGUGGGAAAAUGCACAUGAUCAGCUAAGAGCGGUCCUACUCACUCUGCUAGAAGAAUUGCCAUCUGAGCUACCUAUAUUGUUACUCGGAACAACCUCAGAUCUACCCCCUGAUGUGGACGAACGGCAUCGAAUAUUUUCUGAACGUAGCAUCUACAAAGUGGAUGGACCAUCAAAUGAAGAUCUGUCUUUGUUCUUUGAUCGACUAAUUGAAGCAUCUUUGUCGGUACCAUCUGAAGCUAAUACAAAAACACCCAAGACAUCUACGUCACUUCCUGAGCUCCCUAAAGCUCCUAAGGUUGCUAGUGGCCCAAAGAUCUCUGAGUUAAAAGCUAAGGUAGAAGCAGAACAGCAUGCACUUCGUAGACUGAGGAUGUGUCUUAGAGAUGUGUGCAAUAGGAUCUUAUAUGAUAAACGUUUUAGUGCCUUCCAUUAUCCAGUUACAGAUGAGGAUGCUCCAAAUUAUCGCUCCAUCAUCCAAAAUCCUAUGGACAUGGCUACAUUGCUUCAACGUGUAGAUUCUGGCCGAUACAUAAAAAGUUUUGAUUUUCUGCACGAUGUUGAACUGAUAUUACACAAUGCAAAGGCAUACAACGGAGACGAUUAUAAUGGAGCUAGGAUUGUUAGCAGAGCACAUGAGCUUCGAGAUGCAGUGCAAGGAAUGCUCUCUCAGAUAGAUCCUGCACUUGUGGCAUUCUGUGACAAGAUUGCUGCUCAAGGAGGCCCUAGUCAAAUGCCUGAUGGUUAUGGAGGCUCUGCUCUUCAGCAAAAUCCCGUUGUUCAAACAUUAACUGUGACUAGAGCAAGUGCUCGGCUCCGUCAUGUCCAGCCAGAUGUUAACUUAGAUCAAAGUUACGAAGCAUUAAAAAGACCAAAGAAGAAUGUUGACACUAUCUCCACAGUUGCAGCUGAUGAAGACAAAGCCGAACACCUAGAAUCAUUGCCUUCACCAUCAUCCGAAGAGGCUCAAGCUAAGUUUACCACCCGCACAGGACCAGAGACCUCAACUGCAAAUUGUAAUGAAUCUGAGACUCCCAUGGAAUUAGAGGAACUUAGAUGUGGAAGAUGUCCUGAAGAUGAUGUGAAUAUGGAAGACGGAGAUACUUCCAGCAGCCAAGUGGAAGUGAUCAAGCAACAAUUUUUGAAGCACACUGAAGCAUAUGGUAUUCCACAGCUUGAAAGGCUGUAUACCCGUAUUAUAAAGGGUGUUUUUGAGACAAAAUCCGCUGCAGGUUCUGAGAAUCCCAAAGCCAAGGUUCUCCAAUUUUUGUCAAAGUUCUCUCAGGAUGAGACCAACUUUUGAUCUCGGCUUUUUUUCCCCCUCCCCUCCCCCUUUUUUCUGGUUCUAUUGGUAGGUUAUUUAAACUAGAUAUUGUACAAAGUCGGGAUCUUAAUUUUUUCUGCAUGGAAAAUAUAAGAGUUACACAGGUAGAGCGUUCAAUGCACAAUCCAGCUUACAGGCCAUUGGUCUCUCUCUCUCUCACUCUCUCUCUCUCUCUAUGCAGGCGCUAUUACCCUUUCUUUUGUACUACUGGUUAUGACGCCCUGAUGGAGCUUUAGACAGUAAGUUUGGAUGUAAAAUGAUCACUGAAAAUAGAUGACUACGAAAGAAGGCACUGGACAGUGAAGAUAUGUAUUUUUUAGCCUCCCUUUUCUGAGACCGUCGAGGAUGAGCUUCCAAGGAGGCAAACUUGUGUUUGUGCCAAUUUUGAAUCUUGUACUUUAAAACAUAAAACCAUUAUAUUUGUGUCAAGUUCUGAUAUUUUCCCUCAUUUCUUCCCUUUAAAUUUGAAUCUUGUACAGAAAAUCCCUCUUCUCGCAGCAACCUUUGCAACUAUGGCUUUUAGAGGGGUAAACUUUCAUAUACACAUUUAAUGCUUUAUUUGGGUUGUA